CGAAAUUGAAAAACAGGCGCCAUAUUAAAAUGGCGACGGUUAGUGAAUCUGAUAAAUAAAAAUGAUUGGAUUUAUCGGAUAUUUGUUAUAGUUGAACGAAGUAUAAAAUUGCUAAUAGUAGAGGUUAACCUUCAUUAAAGAGAAUCGAUUUCCUCUUUGAAUCGCCGCUUCGAUUGAGGUUAGUAUGAUAUCGUAUUUGCGUGCAUGUUGCGGUUUUGACGACUUUAAUGGGGAUAUUUGGCACGGAUAGCACGCAAAAGAGAUAAGCUUUUUUGAUAAUUUGGGCGACUGUUUACUUAAUAUUUUACUUUAAGAAAUAUUUGAAAUAAAAAACACAUUUUAUCAACUUGAUAUUAGUGAGUGAUUGCUCAAUGAUUCGUCGAUAUUGGAUAAAGUUUGUUCGUCAUGGUGAAGGAUAUUAUGCCUGAGGUGAAAGCAAAUCCGUCCCAGAUUCUCCUGGAUGCUGUUAGGAAGAUUCGGGGUCAGAAACAACGACCGAACUUUGAUCGCCUUUCUCAUGCUGUUCGAUUACAAAAGUGGUCAACAGAGGUUCUAACAGAGUAUAUUAACAAAGCUGUUGAAGAUGGAAUUAUCCUGAGAAUGUAUGAUAACAAGGGUCUUAUGACGUAUAAAGAUCCUCAAACCGUUUCUAAACUCAAAACCAGGGAUUUGCAUGUAGGAGCCGCUUCGGAUUUAACUAAAGUUUUAAUCAGAACUUUGAAAGAAUUGGGCGAUCCUGCAGACAUAGAUCAGGUUGAAAAACAUAUUAGAACUGGCUAUCAUUUGACUAUGGCGUUCAAAGCUGAUUUGCGUCAGUCAAUUGAAAGCGCCUUGGAUAAAGGUGUAAAAUCGUCUAAGUUUCUGUAUAAAGAUGGAAAAUACUCUCCAAUAGAUGAUCACGAUAAAGCAGUUGCAGAUAUGGCAUCUUUCAAUCAGACGGGAGCGGCACCAGCUAAAACUACUUGCACUACCUGUUUAACCGGUUCAGGAAAAGAACAAGCUCUGUUAUCAUGCUUUGAUUGUGGUGAAAGCUGGCAUCCCAGUUGCUUGCGAAUUGGUGCUGAUUUGGCUAAAAAAAUCAAAACAAUGAGAUGGCAGUGUCGACAAUGUAAAACAUGUUCAGCUUGUGGAAAACGUUGUGAUAGUAACUUAAAAGUUUCGGAGAACACUGAAAACCCCAAAAUUGUACUCUGUCUACAGUGCGAUCGGGGAUUUCAUGCUGAAUGUUCGAAGAAAAGUAAGGAUGAGAAUUGGAUUUGUCCUUUAUGUUUAUCGGCACCAAAACUUAAAGCAAGAAAACGUAAAAGAUCAAAUAGUGAGAAAAGGACAAGAACCAGUUCUGGAGAUUUUAACGGACAGGCCUCGAAACGCUCAUUAAAAGAUAAAUACCCAACUUUACAUUCUUAUACCACAAAAACUGAUAAAUCUCCAGGAACUCUUCAAAAUUUUCCGUCUUCAGUCUUGAGUAGCAGUGAAUCAAAAGCUACCGGCGACAAUCAUACAAAAAAUUUAUUCGAUGGUUUAUCAAAUUUUUUUACGCCUAGUGGAAGCAGACGGAUGUCUAAUAGUUGUCCUCGAGCACCAGUUGAAGGGAAUAAUACCCGUAAUAAUAAUGAAAAUGAGACAGUUGUGAAGGAACCAACUGAUCGUUACAAAAAGUUAAAAAGUGUAAGAAAGAUGAAUAGUCACACAGAAUUUAGAAAUAGUGUAUUGAAAAAGUUUAAGAGGAAAUCUGAAAAUCGUCAGAGUUUAAAAAACAGAACUAACAAAUUACUAGAAAGAGUAAAGCAGGCAGAGGCGAAACUAACUCCUAGCACGUCUGGGUCAGAUACAGACACGGAUGUACUAUCUAUUAGAAGUAGUAGUCCCUUGAUUAUUGCCCAAAAUGUCACACCCCAUGUUAGUGCCCAAGAUGUGGAACUUUUUCAACAAGCUCGUGAGAAGGCUCUGGAGAGUUUAGCAACUUGCAUUGAAAACCCAUUAACAGCUGAUCGAUUUCCUGCUGCUAUAGCUUUUGGCCGCUACCACAUUGACACAUGGUAUUCAUCUCCUUAUCCCGAAGAGUAUGCAAAGUUGGCUCGGUUGUACAUUUGUGAAUUUUGUCUGAAGUAUAUGAAAAGUGAGAAAAUGAUUGAAAGGCAUAGAAGCAAAUGCUGUCUUUGGUCUCCACCAGCCAAUCAAAUCUGGCGUUCGGCUGAUUUGUCGAUGUGGGAGGUAGACGGCAGUAAACAGCGUAUCUACUGUCAAAAUUUAUGUCUGUUAGCUAAAUUGUUUCUAGAUCACAAAACCUUAUAUUUUGAUGUUGAACCAUUUGUAUUUUACGUUUUGACGAAAAGAGAUCUUCAUGGUGACCAUUUGGUUGGCUAUUUCAGUAAAGAAAAACAUUCUUCGCAAAAAUAUAAUUUAUCAUGCAUUAUGGUUAUGCCUCAGCACCAACGCAAAGGAUUUGGCAGGUUUUUAAUUGAAUUCUCAUAUUUACUAUCUCGAAAGGAAGGAAGAACUGGAACACCUGAAAAGCCUCUGUCUGAUCUUGGAAGAGUAUCUUAUGAAGCGUAUUGGAAAAACGUGAUACUAUUGUUUUUACACGAGCGCCGAAAGCAACGAUUAAUCCAAACAAUCUCAAUAGAGGAUAUUAGUAGGUACACAGGAAUGUGUCCACAUGAUAUUGUACACACUCUUAACCGAAUUGGUUUUUUGAAAAUCUCGGAUCGUCGCGUUUCUCUUUCUGUUGAUUGGUCGAUUGUAAGUGAUCAAGUAGAGAAGGAUAAGUCGAACUUAACGAGGAUUUCAUUGGAUGAAGAAAAAUUAAAAUGGAGUCCUCCAACGUCAAGCCCCGGUGAAGAUAAAGAUCUGACAGAAAUUCAGUUUGACGAUGACAGUGAAGCUAGAGGCAGUCCUGAAUUAAAGAAACAAAAUUAUAAAGGAAAAAACCACGUUGGAAAGAAUCGCAAAUGUUCUAACAUUUUAUCGGAAAAUCCACCUUUAACACCACCUAGCGAACAUGAAAAUGUUUGUCCAAAAAAUAAUCAGAAGCCUAAAUCAAAGCUCAGAAUGGAAAAUCAUAAAUUGCGAAAGACCAGUACCUCCAAUGAAGUUAACGAUAUCUCAAUGGUGAAGGAAAUGGGCAGAGGUCGGGGUAGACCAAGAAAAAUUCAGCAAGUGUUAAAUAAAUAUUUUUCACCAAUACCUGACGAAGCUCCAGUCACCGAAUCUCCUACUGAAUCUAUAACACACAAUUCUCCGCAUCAAUCUCCAUUAGCUGAUCAUUCUCCAGUUUCUAAUAAUUCAAUGAUGAGAAAAAUUAAUAGAAUAGGAAGAACAAAAAAGAAAGUUUCCCCAGUGAGCAAAAGUCAUGAUGAAGUAAGAAACGAAACAAACGAAAAGCGAGAUUCACCUCCUCCCCCUCCUGUUUUAACACCCGAGGAAAGUGAUGAAAUUAGUCCAACUUCUCCGGCGCCCAACUCAACUUCAUCAACAGGUAGUGAUGCAGAUGAUGAAUGUGACAUAUCAUCAAGCAGCUCAUCAACCACUAGUACCGAAAAUAAUUCAGGAUCUGACUCAUCUGGAGAAUGUGAGAUUGAUAACGAUGGAACUUCAAGUCAUAUUGCUGGAAUUGUCGCUGGUGAAAAGAAUGACGGAUUUUUGGUUGAGGAAAAUUUAAAUGGGAAUAUUGAGGAGAACAAGGAUUUAGAAGCAGUCUCUCUCAAUGACAUAGCAACUCAAAUUACAUCGCCAAAGUCUGUAUCAUCUUCAUCGUCUGAUUCUUCAUCUUCAUCAUCUACCUCCUCUUCAAGUAGCAGUUCUGCUGAUUCUUCAACUGAAAAUUCAUGUAUAGAAGCGGAGAACGAAUCUAUUCUUUUCGAAAGACCAAAUCAUGAUCCAGACCUUGAAGAUGAAGUCAAAAUUGACAAAGUUACCAUGGAUUUAACAAAAGACAAUCAAAUGCAUGAACAUCACGAAAUCAGUGAGAACCCUGUGAAUCUCCCCAUUGAACAGAAUAUAACUCAAAUUCAAAAUCAUUCUGAAGCAGUAAGACUAGAACAAGAGAAUGAAAGUAUGAUGUUCGAUUUAAUUGAUACACCGAUGACUCAACCAGAGGAGCAACCGUCUAUGAGACAGCCUUUUAGUGAUUGUGCUCAAACAUCAUAUAUGGCAUCUCCAGCUAGCAACUACAUUCCCUCAUCACCGGGAAGCACUCAUUCUGCAGCUUACAACACACCAAAUAAUUAUAUUCAUUCACCUAGCUACAUGCCAAAUCCAAGCCCUAAUUCAACAGGCCAGUACAGUCAGUCGGGAGCUGCAGCUGGAGCUGCAAGAAAUGGAUCUAAUACUUCCCCACCAGAACAAAUGUAUAAUAUGGCUUCUCCUUCACCAACUACGUUACCUCAGGCCUCUCCGAAUGCAACCUACAUGCUACCCCCACAAAUGUUAAACAACAGCAUGAUGAGAGUUGAUCAAACUACUGUUUCAGUUCUAUCCCAGAAGUAUAACGCUCCUGUGCAAUCGCAGCCAUACCUAGGUCGAGGAGAUUAUUCGCUAGCAAAACUUCAUGAGCUUGCGAAUGGAACUCCUCCAGUUAUGCAUAAUGGGUUAACUGGCCAUGAACAUGGACUAUCCCCAGGAAAACAUCCUCUGUAUCACCCAGGAGGAGCUCAAAUGUAUUCUGCUACAAACAAUAGCUGCUCUUCACGAGUAUUUGGGGGAAACCCUAAUGUUUCCUUACAGCCACCAGGAGGCACUAAUAUGAUUGCCGGUUAUUUCAACGCACCUCCACAAAUGAAUGGGGUUCGAGCCCAUAUGCAGCAAAUGCCCCCGCCAAUGCACCAUGGAGGGUGGAUGCCAUCAUCACAUAACACUGCAUAUGGAAUGAUGGGUAUGAUGCAGCAGAGCACAAAUGCGUCUCAACAAUGGAAUCAGCAAUCGUAUAUGACUCAAUUUAAUAUGACUGCAAGAAGGUAGCAGUGCUUUAAUGUGAUGUUUGCAUAUCUGCAUAACCACGUCAAAACUGUCGACUAAUGGUCACCUUUCAUUAAAUCCCAUGCAUAAAUGUGCUGUAAUUUUGGAAUAGCGACUGUCACUUCGUUUUUACUCAUUUCUUUAGAUAUAUUCGUUAUCAGCAGUUUAUACAUAUUCUGAUACAAAGAAUAAAUAAAGUACACACCAAUACGCGCAUACGCUAUGUAUAUUUAUAUGACGUAUGUGAGAGACAGUGUGUAUAUCUAAUAUC